AUGGUGUUUUUAAAAAGUAUUUACCAUAUAGCGCCGUUUCUCAUCUCCCCUCCCCCGAUUGAAGCCAAAGACGCAAGUACCCGACGAGCUCAACCCCGUUCCCAAACCGCCGACACCACCCUUCCAAGUUCCAAAGCUGCUACCCCGCUACGCCUCCGACGAUUCCUUCUCGCUUCUCAGAUGGAAAUGUCUCAACUAGUUGCACAAACUGUUGUUGAUGCUCCACAAAAUGUUGAUGUUGAUCUUAAUGUUGAUGAAGGAGAUGAUGAAGUUGCAGAUAAUAAGGGUGGUGGUCAUAUAGUAUCUUGGAGUUCAAAAUCGAACCUGAAAUGGAAUCUCCGAUUGGAGGAGUGGACGGAGGUGGAAUUGCCACCGUAUGGUGUGGGCGGAGAUGGAAUGGUCAUUGAAGUUGUGGCUGAAGAUACAAGUGCGGCCGGAGAUGGAAAACGUUGGUGUGGUUCAUACCUUUUCCCGUUGUAG